GAGAGAGAGAGAGAGAGAGAGAGAGACAUUACGGUCUACGCUUAACGGGGUGCACCAUUUCACUCCUCUUCGCUUCAUCGUGCGCGUGAAAAGGCAACAGGGAAAAAAAGGAGUCCUUGAAUUGUCAGGGUAAAUAAAUGGCAAUGUCCAAUGCUCAGUUUUCGGAAGGUUUUCCCUGUACAACUAUCUAAAGGUUGGCAUACUCCAAUGGUUUUACCUCACGGAGGAUGGGAUUAACUUUGUCCGGAAGAUAUAUCUCAUUGUUUCUUGCUGUUCAAAUAGCAUAUUUGCUACAGACAGUUCGAGCGGCGGGGAAAUGUGAUACAGUGUUCAAGGGCUUCUCAAACUGCCUGCUUCAACUGGGGGAGAAUAUGGCCAACUAUCCACAGGAGCUAGACGAAAAAGAGAACCUUCAAACCAUCUGCACAUACUGGGAUGACUUCCAUUCGUGUGCAACAACUGCACUUGCGGAUUGCCAAGAGGGCGCGACAGAGCUAUGGGAAAAGCUCAAAAAAGAGUCCAGAAAUUUGGAGUUCCGAGGCAGUUUGUUUGAACUCUGUGGCGGAGGGAAUGGAGCGACAAAAUCGCCGGUGUCCUUCGGCUUAACCAUGCUCCUAACGGCACUUUCCGCCCUGGUAACAUGGCUUGCAUUUUAGCUCACGAGAAAAGAAGAAAUCGCAAAACAAACAAAAAAGAAGAGUGCUAUUACCACGACAAUGCGAAAAAAUAAUGACGAUCAAAAACCCAUCCUCACCCAAAUGGAUUUAUAUACUUCAUCCGGCGAAGACGACUUAAUUUUGCUAGAGACAAUGGCAAGCCGUCUUCAGGGAAUGCUCCAGCAUAUUUGCCUGACCUGGGGUCGAUUUCAUCAAAUAUUUAACAAAUGUUGAUCAAAAAUCAGUCAUCUUCAAUGGUUCCGCGCUUACAAUUGUGGAAUUAUAUAGGCCUAGCAUUAACGCGUGCAAAGAAGUAAUUAUUACUGUAGGCCUGUUAAUCUAAUUAUCAUGCAUAGAAAAAAUCCAGGCACGCAAAUGUCAGUCAAAUUUAAUGUCCAGUUUGUACUGGUAGGAAGUUGAGCACAUUUUCGUUUGGUUUAAUCUUUUUUAGUGGCCAAAUUUAUAACGCCAAGUAUGUUGAUGUAAUAUUGAAAUGCGAUGUUUUAAUCUAUAAACAACGCUUAUUCACCAGCCCAGCAAAGAAAUGGGAGAGAAAAUAUAAUAAUACUAAUACUAAUACUAAUACUAAUACUAAUGCUACUACUACUUCUACUACUACUACUAC